AUGGAAAACUCCAGCUCCUCAACACUUCCGCGAAAGAAGGCCAAAACUGGGGUAAAGAAGGCAGGAAAAAAGACGGGGAAGAAGACCACUGGCAAGAAGAAGCCAACUUCAUCUGCUAGUGCAGUUCACCUUCCCAUGAAUUCUCUACCCAUGGGCCCUCAAUAUGCACAGACAUAUACGCCUCUUCCACAGACACAAACGGUCGUCUUUGACAAACCAAUUAAUCAAAAGAGAUCACGGUCGACAUGUCCACUCGUGUUUCUGGCGGUUAUCUCCUAUCUGGUGGCCAUCAUUUUGGGUCUCUAUGUCAUGACCGGCUGCAUCUCGAAAACAGCAAACGCCAAUGAAAUUUACCUUGCUGAACUCUCAACAAACGAGACAUACAAUAUCUCACUUCGUGUCGGCUACUUUGGAGGCUGCGUUUCGGUCACAGAAGUAGCUGAGGCAUCCUCUACCAAUGGAAAUUCCUCCGCAAAAACAUCUACCCACUGCGUCUUGACCAUGCGCCGCAAAAAUUUAGUCGACCUAAGCGAAGAUCUUUGGGAGCCUUUACACCUCAACUCUUCUACCGCCCAAUCCAACGUUCAAGCCUUUUUGAACACCACACUCCCACAAGCCAAGCAUCUCCAGCAGAAUGUCUUCUUCUGUGAACCUCCCAUCCUCCAUCUCAUCCUGUUUUUUAGCACGGGCAUUAUGCUCUUCGUCGCUCGCACGGGUACAUCCAGAAAGAGAUCGUACAAGACAAUGUUAGUGACGGCAAUCGCCUUGAGUGCCUUCUCGCUUGCCCUCGCAUUAGUGACCGUCCUCGGCUCGCUACAGGGUAUGAAUGCGUUGCUUAACACUUCUUCGUCUGGAGAACAAAGGGAUCUUGGUGAUUCAUUGUAUAUUUCGCGUGGCAAACCUAUGCAGGGGGUCCAAGGAGCUCUAGUCGGGAUUGUCGCCGUAUUCUAUCUCACAAUGGGGGCCCUCUUUGUGCAGCGAACGCCGGAGGGAGGGGUCGGGUAUAUCAUCCAGGCCUUUCAGACUGCAGGAAGACCUCUGACGAGGAAGAUGUGGGGAAGAAGAUAG